UUCAUUCGUGUGAUAGACUCUGAUACUUUACACAUAAGAACGCAAUGGCUUCUGCUGGGCUUCAGAUUUUGGCCAUUGGCCUUGCUGUUAUCGGCUGGUUGGGAGAAAUCAUUAUCUGCGCGCUCCCCAUGUGGAAGGUGUCUGCGUUUAUUGGCAACAACAUCGUGACCGCACAGGCCUUCUGGGAAGGCAUUUGGAUGAACUGCGUGCAGCAGAGCACGGGUCAGAUGCAGUGCAAGGUCUACGACUCCAUGCUGGCGCUACCGCAAGAUCUCCAGGCCGCUCGAGCUCUGGUUGUCAUCUCCAUCCUCGUGACCUUCCUGGGAAUUAUUCUGGCCGUCGCUGGAGGCAAGUGCACCAACUGCAUUGAAGACCGGGAGGCAAAGACUAAAGUUGGGAUCGCGGCCGGGGUGUUCUUUCUGGUUGGUGGUGUUCUCUGCCUGAUCCCCGUCUGCUGGUGCGCGCACACCGUCAUCCGCGACUUCUACAACCCAAUUGUGUCUGAGGCCCAGAAGCGGGAGCUGGGAGCGUCGCUGUUCAUCGGAUGGGGCGCGUCUGGUCUGCUGCUCAUUGGGGGCUCGCUUCUCUGUUGCCAGUGCCCAAAGAGUGAAGGUCGUGGUUAUUCCGUCAAGUACUCCGCGCCUAGAUCUGCUCCAGGGGCUUAUGUGUGAAACUCAGACUUUAUGGACUAAUGACUCUCCUGUUUGUAAGGGAAGAGAGAUGCACUUUAUUGUCUUGCAUGCCAGUUUUUUAACUCAAUAAAUUUUAUGUUUUUUUUAUA